AAAAUCCCGCCGUCGAUUUUUAUUGAUGCACACUUUAGGACACUGUAGAGCUACUUUUCUGUUUUGCAAUCAAUUCAAAUGCGAUAAACUUAAUCUAUAAUAAUUGAAUAAUUGUAAUAGGUCUGAAAUAUUUUUGAAAGUAUGAUAAAUGUUUAAAUACGAGGAAUUUGUGACGCUUUUUCCGGCCAAGCAGAUGUACUGUAAAAUUGCGUUCCCUUCAGAAGUGGCUCCUGUCGGUGUGUUUACUCUCCCAGAUUGUAAAUAAUAAACAGGACUCGGAGCCGCUGCUGCUGGUGGAGAAGGAUGAGCUUCCAGAGGUUUGAUGAAGUGGAGAAGUAUCUUCGGUUUGGGACGUAUGGCAAACAUGAUAAAGCUUCAAAAGGUGUGAUAAGGAGAUGUAGUAAGAAGUUUCAUUGGGGAGAUGGUGCACUUUGGUACAUAGAUGGCAAGCGUCGGCGUAAGGUGCUGCGCAGCGAAGAGGAAGUGAGAGCAGUGCUGAUGGAGCAUCACAACAACAGCAAGCAUGCGGGCCGCUCUCGGUGCCUGAAAGCCGUGUCAGAUCUGUAUUACUGGCGGUCGAUAACCAAAGACAUCGGUGACUGGAUAGACAACUGUAAAGAUUGCUCGCAUCCGUCCAACCCAGUCGCGUGCUCGCAGUGCAUCGUCCUGGGGUGCGAGAGCCCUGGACUGGCCGAUAAUGAAGAAGGCAUCACGUUUCACCGGUUCCCUUUCAGUGAUGCGGAUAGGCUCAGCCGUUGGAUUAAGUUCUGUCAGAGGGACCGCUGGUCUCUCCACAGCAGGUCAGCUAUCUGCUCCAGACACUUCAUGGAGGACUGUUUCGAUCGAAGCAGAGAUGUUGUCUGCCUUAAACCUGAUGCCGUGCCCACAAUCGAAGUCUGUGCAGUUCCGCAGGAGCAGGUCAACAAUGAAUACUUGGAUUCCUUCUGCAUGGAAUCCAGGGAUGAUGAGAAUCCCUCUGCAGAUGACGAUGUGGUCCAUGUGGAGCAUCCUUACUCCAAAGAUACCUCCAUGCAGACCAGCACAAAGGGAAGUAAAGUGAAGAGUGAAGUGAGCCUCCUGAGCUCCAAGUCCGAGCCUUAUUUCAGAAGAUAUGAUGCAUUGGAGAAGUUCCUGCGUACGGGAGUGUACAGCAGUACGCCCUACUGCACUAGGUACAUGGUCAGGAGAUGUGCCAAACACUUUUGUCUUCAAGACGAACUCCUUUUCUAUCGCCAUGGUUCCAAGCGCAGAAAAGUUCUCCGAAACAGAGAGGAGGUCGUCGAGGUGUUAAAGGAGCACCAUGACAAUCGAGGACACUUCGGUAUGAGCAGAUGUUUGAGCUCCAUAUCUGAGCUUUAUUACUGGGGCACUAUGACCAGGGACAUAGAGGAGUGGAUUGGAAACUGCCAGUUUUGCAUGAAGAUGGACGAAUCGACGCAAAAGUAUCGGUGUUCCGUUUACAGCUGCAAUAACUACAACGGGCCUCUGGAGAGGACACUGGGUCUGACGUUUCACCGAUUUCCGUUUGAUGAUCCUGAGCGUCUUAACCAGUGGAUCAGAAGCCUGCGCAGGAUGAACUGGCGUCCCCGGCCCAGGUCUGUCGUGUGUUCCACUCACUUCACUGAGGACUGCUUCGAGCACACAAAAGGCUCUGUUUGUCUCAAACCUGACGCAGUCCCCACCCUGCUCCUCUGUACCUCACAGGAUAAGGAAGAUGCUUCUCAAGGUAUGGCUGAAAGGAGCGGUUCUUCAGAGGCAACGGACGGCUUAAGUACCCAGCAUGCUUUUUUCUCUAAAUACGAUGCAGUUGAGAAAUAUUUGAAAGGGAAAGGCUAUCCACCUGGACUCAGCUCUGUGGAGAAAAACACCUUCAGGAGACUCUGCUCAAGGUUUGCUAUCCACGACGGCUUCCUGUUCUACUUGUCGGGCCGAGGCACGCAGAAGCACGGGAGGCGCAGGGUGGUCAGGAGCAGAGAGGAGGUGCAGUCAACCCUCGCCAUCUACCACAAUGACAUGAACCACCUGGAGCUGGAAAAGUGCUUGAAGCUCAUCUCUCAACACUUCUUCUGGGGUUCGAUGAGGGCAGAUGUGGCUCUGUGGAUUCAGCGCUGCUCCCAGUGUUCCAGCUCUGACGGAGCCCGUGGCGUGGAGUCCUGUGCCAGUCCCGAGCUCCCUGAGCCUUUAGAGAACAUGCUGGAUCGAGACAGUCCAGUACAGAUAAAUGGGGUUCUGACAACUGAAAAUGACCUACACCUGUCAGGCACUGAGUUGGCUAUUCCGCAGUGUCUGAUCAUCACUACGCCUGAGAUCCUCGCUCCAACUCAACCUCGCAGCACUGCUGCCCGUGAAGGAACUGUUCUCGGACUAACUGACUCGGUAGCAAGUGGAUUUCUCGGCAGUGCCAUUGGUUCUUAUCAGCUGCUUGGGGAUUCGGCACAGGAGCAGAGAAACAGCAGAUUGAGUGCCAGGACUGUAGUUCAGCAAUGCACACAUGCCUUACUGCAGGUCAAGCCUCAGACAGCAGAUGCAGACUCUGAAUGGGUCGAGAUUCGUGACGGAAUCGUGAUCUAUGUGUGCUUUUAUAAAGGUGCUACUGAGAAAACCAUUCCCAAAAUGGUAAACACCUUGCUCAACGCAACAUUCUUUCCCACAAGUACGGGCAGCCAUGUAUCCAUCAUGGAGCUUCCGGGAAGUGUGAUGAUCAUUCCUCAGGAUACCAUGACUGGUGUAGUUAAAGGCAGCAGAGUGCAGCACAACGAUGCCAUUGAAAGCUGGAAAGGCCUUUAUAUCUACCAACAGUUCGUCAGUCAGUGUGAGAAAGAGGUAGCUGCAUCAGCAAAGUGCACCGAGGCUGGGGUGGUAGUCAGGCACGGAGUUUAUGGAAACAUGCAAACUUUAUACCUUAACAGCAAUGCACCCCUCACUCACGUACUCGAGUUUUAAGGUUCACAUUUCAAAUUCCUGUUGGAAUCUUUCUUACCAUGUGCAUGUACAGUUUGUACAAGAUUUAUUCCUACUGAUUAUUUGGAAAUGUUUAACAGAGGUACAGUAUAUUUUGAGAUGUUUACAUAACCUUUGAAAAUAAAUUUCUGGUUUUAACUUUG